AUGGAGGUAUAUGCAUUUUGGGCCUUAAGCGAUCGAUUACAUAGAGAUGUGGCCUUGUGUGAUUCGUCACGAGAGGUCACCGUUGAGGAAGCCUUAGGAAUGUUUUGCUACACCAUCGGACAUGGUGCAGUUCAACAAAAUGGAGCUAACCUAUUUCAACAUUCGGUUGAAACUGUAAAUCAACAUGUGUACAAUGUAAUGCGUGCAUUAUGUGGCCUAUCACGCCAUGUCAUUAAACCAAGUCAGACAACGGGGGUCAUGCCUUAUAUUGAAGGAAAUCUCAGACAUUAUCCAUGGUUCAAGAUAUGUCAUGGUGCAAUGGAAGGUAUCAUGAUUGACAGAGCUGUGCCGGCUUCCGUAGCUAACGCAUAUAUAAAUCGGUAUCACCGGGUUGCCCAGAAUGUCUUAUGUGUCUGUGAUUUUGAUAUGAAAGUCACAUUCGUAUAUGCCAGCAAUCCCAAUGAUUAUCUAGAUAUGAAUGCGGAUGAGAACACCAGUGAAGAACCGCAUGUUCCUGAUAUGUCGACCGCAUCGGCACAUGCGAUGGCUAUAACUAGAAAUGUUAUUGCACUACCUCUGUGGAUGCAUACUACUAGGCAACAAGGAAACUAA